AUGGGUGUCUGUUGCACACACUCAAAUGUAAAAUUCGAAAACCUCAUUCCCCCUCAACUCAUUAAAGAGGAAAUUAAGUAUGACCAAUUCGCUCUUAAAAUUUAAAAGCAUUACAAAGGAUAUAAAGCUAGAAAAUUAUAUCAUAAAAUGAAGAUCAAAACAGAAGAAUCUCCUGUUGUUCAUCAUCCCAAACCAGAAAUUGCCUAAAAACUAAGUCAAACUCCCACAGAUUACGCUUUGACUGUUUAAAAAGCCUUGUAUAAGCUUGGCCCAUUUCGUUACAAUGAUUUUAUCAACUCGGAUGAUCCGAAUAAAAGAUCUACGAAUUUCCAAUUUACAGAUGAAGACAAAAAGUUGCCAUUUUUAGAACCGCAUAGAUUAAUCGAUGGAGCUAUCUACAUAGGCCAAUGGAAGAAUGGAAUUAAGUGGGGUAAAGGUAAAUAAAUUUGGCCAGACGGUUCUGUUUAUGAGGGAUUUUGGUAAAACAAUAAAGCAUGUGGGAUAGGAAGAUUAAUUCAUUAAAAUGGAGAUGUUUAUAUUGGAGAUUGGUUAAAUGAUUAAUGUCAUGGUUUUGGCGUUUAUACACAUAGUGACGGCACCAUUUAUAAAGGAAAUUGGGUGGAAGAUAAACAAGAGGGAGACGGUACUGAAGAAUAUCCAGAUGGAACAAUAUACAAAGGUCAAUUUCUAAAUUCGAUGAAGCAUGGACAAGGAGAGUGCUUUUAUUCCAAUAAAAAUUAGUAUUUUUAAUAAAUUACUAUUAAGUUACAAAGGGGAAUUUUAGUAUAAUUUUAUUCACGGUUAUAGGGAAGUUUGAUGUGGAGUGAUGGGAAGGAAUACAAAGGAGCUUGGGAAAAUAAUCAGAUGCAUGGGUAUGGAGAAUUUAAAUGGUCGGAUGGGAGAUCAUAUAAGGGAGAUUACAAACAUGAUUUGAAGGAUGGAGAGGGCGAGUUUAUUAUCGACGAAAACACCAGAUAUAAGGGGAGUUGGAAGAGUGGAAAGUAACAUGGAGAUGGAGUGCUGGUAGCGAAGGACUUUGCAAGAACAGGGGUUUGGUGUGAAGGGAUUCGAAUCCAAUGGAAAGAUAAGUUCUGA